GUACUUUAUGUGUGUUUACUGUAAUUGUAUUGAAUGUAUUGAUUGAAUAGUUGGCCAGAUAUGAGAGCAUUGAUGAGUUCGCAACGGAUCCGAUGGGUCCUCCAAAGGACAGAGUUGUCGAUGCGAUCACAUCGAUGUCAGAGCUCUUCCACUCAAACCUCGGCAAACACUCCUCAAAAGACAAAGUUUGGUCCACUGGAAGACUCGGACCGGAUAUUCACAAAUCUGUACGGAAGACAUGACUGGAAACUGUCGGGCGCUAUGAGACGGGGCGAUUGGUUUAAGACGAAAGAGAUCUUAUUGAAAGGUCACGAGUGGAUCAUUAAUGAAAUGAAGACAUCGGGACUGAGGGGUAGGGGUGGCGCCGGAUUCCCUACGGGUCUGAAGUGGAGUUUUAUGAACAAACCGGCGGACGGGAGACCCAAAUAUUUGGUGGUAAACGCUGAUGAGGGCGAACCGGGAACCUGUAAGGACAGGGAGAUUAUGCGUCACGACCCGCAUAAGCUGAUUGAGGGCUGUUUGGUGGCCGGACGUGCUAUGGGAGCCGUUGCCGCUUACAUCUACAUCAGGGGUGAGUUUUAUAACGAGGCCUCCAAUUUACAACUGGCCAUUAGAGAGGCCUAUGAGGCCGGUCUCAUCGGUCGCAACGCCUGUCAAAGUGGGUACGACUUCGAUGUGUACGUCCAUAGAGGGGCCGGCGCUUACAUUUGCGGAGAGGAGACCGCACUUAUCGAGUCUAUAGAAGGCAAACAGGGAAAGCCUCGCCUUAAGCCCCCGUUUCCUGCAGACAUCGGAGUGUUUGGUUGUCCGACAACUGUAUCCAAUGUGGAGACAGUAGCGGUCGCGCCAACCAUUUGCCGUCGGGGCGGCUCUUGGUUUGUGUCGUUCGGUCGGACGCGAAACAGUGGCACAAAGCUGUUCAACAUUUCCGGUCACGUGAAUAAUCCGUGUACUGUCGAAGAGGAAAUGUCAAUACCGUUGAAAGAUCUGAUUGAAAGACAUUGCGGAGGUGUGAUCGGCGGUUGGGAUAACCUGUUAGGUGUGAUUCCUGGCGGUUCCUCCACUCCUAUCAUACCGAAGAAAGUGUGCGAAGAAGUGCUGAUGGAUUUCGACUCAUUAUUAGCCGCUCAGUCAGGUCUGGGAACCGCUGCUCUUAUCGUAAUGAACAGACAGACAGAUGUGGUUAAAGCGAUUGCAAGACUCCUUACAUUCUACAAACACGAGAGUUGUGGUCAAUGCACUCCAUGUCGGGAAGGAGUGGGUUGGCUCAAUAAAAUCAUGUGGCGCUUCGUUAAGGGAAAUGCUAGCACUCAAGAGAUUGACAUGAUUUACGAAAUGAGUAAACAAAUAGAAGGCCACACCAUCUGUGCAUUGGGUGAUGCGGCCGCCUGGCCGGUACAGGGUUUGAUUCGUCACUUCAGACCUGAGAUUGAGGCGCGAAUCGAGGCAUACGCUCAGACUCAACAUCAUGUCCGGAAGGCCACCGCAAGUGUCAGCUAAUAGUUUACUCAAAUUGUUUAAUUUGUUUAUUAGUUUUUGUUGUGUAAACAUUAGUAAAUAAAUAGAUAAUUAAUUUAUAAACAA